CCCCUCCGCGCGUCGCUUCCCGCCGCGGUCGUCGCGUCGUCCCUUCCUCGGCCCCGAACCGCCGCCGCCGGCAGCCCGCAGGUGAGUGAGUAACGCGGCCGGGCGCGGAGGGCGCUUGCCCGCCGGAGGCCCUCCCGCAUCGCUCCGCCAUGUUGUCGGGCCCGCCCCUCCGCUCCCGGCCCGCCCCGGGCCCCGAGCAGCCGCCGCGCCGCACGGCCCCGGCGCGACGCCGCCGCCAGCCAAGAUGCUGAGCUUCUUCCGCCGGACGUUGGGGCGCCGCUCCAUGCGCAGACACGCGGAGCGGGAGCGGCUGCGCGAGGCCCAGAGGGCUGCGACCCACAUCCCGGCGGCCGGGGACGCCAGGUCGGUCAUCACCUGCCGUGUGGCUCUGCUGGACGGCACCGACGUCAGCGUGGACCUUCCGAAAAAAGCCAAAGGCCAGCUCCUGUUUGAGCAGAUCAUGUAUCACCUGGACCUCAUAGAAAGCGACUAUUUUGGAUUAAGGUUCAUGGAUUCUGCACAAGUGGCGCACUGGUUGGACAACACAAAAAGCAUCAAAAAGCAAGUUAAAAUUGGCCCGCCAUACUGUCUGCAUUUUCGUGUCAAGUUUUACUCGUCAGAGCCCAACAAUCUGCGUGAAGAGCUAACAAGGUAUUUAUUUGUUCUGCAGCUAAAACUGGAUAUUCUGAGUGGAAAAUUGGAAUGUCCUUUUGACACAGCCGUCCAGUUGGCAGCUUAUAAUAUGCAAGCUGAACUUGGAGACUACGAUCCUGCAGAGCAUGUCCCUGAGCUGGUAUCUGAGUUCAGAUUUGUGCCUACUCAGACCGAGGAGAUGGAGCUGGCCAUCUUCGAGAAGUGGAAGGAAUGCAGGGGGCAAACACCAGCACAGGCUGAAACUAACUACUUAAACAAAGCUAAGUGGCUGGAAAUGUAUGGUGUAGACAUGCACAUAGUCAAGGCAAGAGAUGGCAAUGAUUACAGCCUGGGACUAACCCCUACGGGAGUUCUUGUCUUUGAAGGAGACACAAAGAUUGGUUUGUUUUUCUGGCCAAAGAUAACAAGACUUGACUUCAAGAAGAACAAACUUACUCUUGUUGUUGUUGAGGAUGAUGAACAGGGGAAGGAGCAGGAGCAUACUUUUGUCUUUAGACUGGAUCACCCCAAGGCUUGCAAACACUUAUGGAAAUGUGCAGUGGAACAUCACGCCUUCUUCCGGCUCCGAGGUCCUGUCCAAAAAAGCUCAAGCAGAUCAGGCUUCAUUCGGCUGGGCUCCCGCUUCCGCUACAGUGGGAAAACAGAAUACCAAACCACCAAGACCAACAAAGCCAGGAGAUCAGCAUCCUUUGAAAGGAGGCCCAGCAAAAGAUACUCAAGACGGACACUACAAAUGAAAGCACACGUUGCUAAACUUGAAGAAACAAGUUUUCCAAACAAUGCUGUUAUUACCCAAACCAAUGGAUCACAAAGUUGGAACGUGAAGCCAAACUUACCUGUCCUAACAGCAGCAGUUCCUUCUGCCCCAGUCCUAGUGGAAAUAGAGAACCUCCCUAGGAGUCCAGGAGCCAGCCAGCACGACAAGUGCAUACCCCUUGUUGAUCUCCUCGACAGUGUGGAUUUGCCAGAGACCUGUGUGGAUGAUGCUGUAGGCCAUCCCGUCGUUGCCCUGGUAACAGGAGACUCGGGAGAGGCUGUUGGUUGCCCUCAUCCUGGCACUAAGGAAGCUGCCGUCGAAAAAGCAGACUCUGACCCAUUUGAAGAUGCAUUCCUGAAACUGAAGCAGCUGGAGGCAGAGUGCAGCAGCCCUGUGCCUGCUGAGCGUCCCAGUGUAAACAUAAACGUGCAGGAUGAAGUGGUGAAGCUCACAGAUAAAUGUCUUAACAAUGCAAUUGAGAGCCCGAUAGCAGCAGCGACGUGGCUUCCAGCAGACAUGAAAAGCAAUAUCCUGAAGGCCCAGGCGGAAGCACAAGGGCACAAGGUUGUAAGAGAAGACAGCCUGAUAGGUAGCAAGAAUUCCAACAUUCAGGAUGCUGCUGCCAGGUACUGUCUUGGUUUGGAAGAAAAGCACAAUGUAUUUUCCCAGGUACAGCACUGCAAACCUGGAGCUCUGGAGUCUCAGUGCUCAGGGAACAUUCUCCCAUCAGGGAAGACCCAGAGUAGUACCCCAGCAAGCAGUCCAGUAUUUCAAAACAACCUGAAAACAACCCCUGCCUCAAACACCUUCAUUCCUAAUGCAUUAAAUGAGGAUAAUGCUGCCUCUAACCAUGAAGAGUUGCUGAUUUCAGCUAAUGUGGCUCCAGCUGAGGAGGCUGCUGUUUCAAAGAGCGCUCCAGAUGACCGGGACGUUUCCCUAACAUCAUUGACAGAGAAUCUAAUUGACUUUACAGAAGCUACACCUCGGGUGUCUUCCCAGCCCACAAUAACACCGAGGUGGUUGGUGCCAAGCGGACUGAUGUCCAAUGGGCCUUUGGGAAAUGAUGUUGCCUUAUCUCUGAAAGCAAUGAAAGGCAGCACAGAGGCUCUUUUGUCAUCAGCUGGAUUGCCACCGUGCCAGCAGACAGCCGAAGUCCUUGCAAGCCCAGUCGCUGAGGAUGCUACAGUAAGGACGAAAUGUUUACUCACCACUGAACUCUAGAAGAUGGACCUUCUGUACUUCCCACCUAGUAAAAACUCAAAUCUUCUGACAUCUACAAGGGAUCCUUCUGAAAGACUUGCAUGGGAUAAAACUCUUUCUGAAUGGGAGUGAAACAGCCAGCUGGUUUGCUAGAAUCCAGGAAGAGACUUUCACAUUUAUUGCAAUCUAACUGGAAUUACAGCCUGAGCCGAAAUGUAAAACCACAUGAAAGUUUGAUCUUCUCCCUCGUGAGAAGUGAAGUAUCACACUGGAGCUAAUUGUGAACACGAGGAACAAAGUCUAGUUGUGUUCCACUCACACUUGGUUUAGUCUUAUACCUCUCAAAUGUUAUGGGCGAGUGAUCACUGUGAUGUUAGCUCUGCAGCGUUUGAGCACCAUAUCCCUGUCCUUUGUAGAGUAAUAUUGGGAAGAUUAGGAGAACUUCUAGGGCCACCUUGUGGCCACACUGUGUAUGGUGGCUCACAGUAGCGAUGACUGUUUCACGUGGCCAAGAUCAUUUUCUUCUGUGUGAUUAGUCACUCUGAGUUUCCUUUGUUUUACUGCCACACAUGCUCCUUUUGGCCUUAAAGCCCUGGGUAAUCUUUGCACCUCUUCUUACAGGACAAACUACUGUGACAAACUACUUUGACUGGAUUUGAGCUGCUCAUUGCAACCAGGAAAAGGAAAGUUAACCUGCCAAACUUCUUAUAGUAUUAGCAUAUUGCAGCAAAGGUCCCACGUUUUGACACUGGUUAUUUUGUUUCCUCCUUCACUCAAAUACAGAGUGCAUUUAGGCUGUAGAUGAAUUUUGUUUGUUUGUUUUCAGCAUUGAAGUAGUGAAGUUGUGAGUACAGCUUACUUCAGGAACUGCUUCUUGGUUAGUUCUCUUGUCGUUCAGGGCUAGGAAAGACAAGAUUUUCCUUGUUUCUGUUCACAUUGUUGCUAGGUGUUGGUUUGAGGUCCUGUGCUUUGGAGAUGCUUAAAACGCAGGAUAAGGUGUGAGGGUACAGCUGGGUCAGUUCUUAACACCACCUUGAAUCCUGUUCCAGUUACGUAUGGAACAAAAUACAGGGUAAGGUGAAAAUGGGGAAAAGAGAUGAAACAUUCCCAAAAGCAGUUCACCUGCUUCUAGGAGGAAGGUAGGAGCACUUGCAAGAGCGUGCUCCACAGUGCUGGUGAAGACCUUUUGGUGCUCAGGUGAAGUACAGGAUACAACACAUACAGUUUGAAGAGUGCCCUGGUGAUCAGGAUCCCUGUGUGUAGAGGUGAGAACGUGGACCCUGGGAAUAUAUCCUGUGAAAAUACCAGUGCAGAGUCAGAGGAAGGAGAAGUGUAGAAGCGCAGUGAUGAAUUCCACAUCUCCGUACAGGGAAGCACAGUUGAAGCUACUGGGAUCCUUCUCAGGAAGAGGUUUGUACAUAGGACUGGGCUUGGAGGAUGUUUUCUGCGCAGUGCUGCUCUUAUAACUAUUUAUAUAUGUAGGGUUCUUAGGAAUAAUUUUAAAUGUGAAACUGAGUUAGAAACCUGUAUGCACAGCUUUCUUUGUGCAUGCCUGCUGCAUGAACAUAACUCCGUGUGGACAAAGAGUUGGACCAAACCACUGUGGGUUGUGCAGGUAAGCUGGUGUCCUGCUAGGCUGCUGCUUUCAGAUUAGGGUAUGUCUUGGGUGUUCUUAUGGCUCUUCUCAUGAAUUUUUAUAAGAUGCUGACUGAGAGUCAGCAUUUACACGGCCCGCUGCCACUCCUCAAAACCUCAGAGGCCUUAAUAGAAAAACAUAGGGACCAUUGGGAGCAAUUGUGACUGACAUACGCUACAGUGAGUGAUUUGCAGCCUUUGCCUAUAUAACCUAGAGUCAGAAUUGAUGGCAGGAGCUUAAGGCACACUUCCCCACUCACAGCACUGCCAGCCAAAGGGGAGCUGCUCUUUGGGCCCAAGUGAUGCGCUUCUGUUAGCCAGCACUCACCUCCCAUCGUUGCUUCCAGCAGAGUAUUGGCUUUUUUAUAUUUUAAGCCUGAGCCUUAUUACGAAUUAAAACAUAAAAGAUACCCAAUUCAAAUACCAAGUGUCUUGGUGUGGAUUAACAGAGUUGCCAGAAAAGUUCCUGCAGCAAAAAAGGGAAGCUAUGGCUGCAACAGUCUGCUUCCUGCACAAAGCCAGGACUGUGUGGGGAAACUUGGCACUCGCUAUCGAUCUGUUUGCUCAGCAGCUGAGCUGGCAUUCACCAACUACAUGUGUUGGUUUUGUAAAUAGACAGAAUGCAGAAGCAUUUUCUUUAAGGCAUAUUUGAUAUUUGACUCUUCCCAUUGGGUUCAGGAGCUGUGUGAACUGUUAGCUUGAAUUUCUCCCAGAAGUAAAAUAACAGAAGUUUACAGUUUUAAAGUACUGAGUGCUAAAUACCAUCAUUAGAUUCCUUCUGGGCAAUCACAUAUAGGGGGAAAAAAAAUAAAAAAGCCCCAAAACAAGUAACACAUGGUCAAUGUGGCCUCCUAAAAUCUAAAUGGUUCCAAGUCCCAAUUGUUACACUGUCAGUGUGGCUGGGGUGGUGGUGAUGGAGGGAAUGUUGCAUUUAAACUCCCACGUGGGAGAGUUUCAUAGAGGGAUGGUUUUCCUCCACUUCCAAUAGCCAAAUACUUGAAAUUUUACUUAAAAAUUUGAAAUGUUUAGCUUUUAUGUUAGAGAUCUGCGAUUUCCAGUAGAAUUGAGGCUGCAAACCCAGCUCUUCCCAGCAAUGUCCUGGUAGCUGAAGGAAAUACGCAGGCCAUUUAACUCAACGUAGCUUAUUUAGCUAUUCCAUUUGUUUGUAUGGGGAGCCUGAAGAAACUGAGACACCACAGUUAUGUGAUCUGAACAGGCACGUAAUCCAGUGCCUGAACGUCCUGUAGCUUUGCAUCACUGUUUUGCUUUAAAACUACAGGCCUUGUGUUGUGUUGUGACUGGCUAUCAGGUAACGGAGCGUUACUUAUCACUUGUGCUUUAUCAAAUGCAAGUAGACACGUGGUUCCUGCAGCUAAUCCUAUAGUGUAUCAGUGAGUCCCAGUAUGCUGCUGAGAAGGAGGAGUUUUCCUAACAUGGCUAUUUUAUUGGUUGACUGGCUGGAAGGUUCGGUCACCCCCUAAAAGCUCAUUUUAUUUGUCUAUGUUUAAAGAGUGAUAAAUGAAACUUAAGCGUUAAUCUGAUGUUGGGAUGCCGGCAGAUCUGCCAACCACUUAAAAGCUUUGAGAGCUGAAAGGAAUGAAGAAAUACAGCCACGUGCUGUGUUGCAGUCAUUUGGAAAAAUCCAGAUCCCUUACAAAUUUAUAUACACACACAUAUAUAUCUAUCGUUUUCCCUAAGAAUGUUAUGAGCUGUUGACUGACUUGCAGCCUGCACUCACCGACUUGUACCCUUGUGCUGCGUGUGCGUGUAGUGCUGACGAGAGAUGGAUGCUUUUUAACUCUGUUAAAAAAAAAACAAAACAAGAGAGAUUGUUCGCCAUAAAAGAUCUGACAGAAAUGUUAGCAUUUAUUAAAAAAAAACAACAACACAAAACUAAACUAAAAAGGAAAGCCGCCAUCUCUCCAAGUGAUUCCUCUUUUAGAAAUGGUGGAUAAUAGACCAGAUAGAAUGCACUCCAGUUUAAACUGCAAUUCCAUGCAUAGCUUGUCAGAGACAGCCAGCUGGACCACAGGUAUGUUUUGGACAACCCUUUGGCCACAACCUGGCAGGAAAAUGUGCUGCACCAAAUGAGGAGCUCAGGUGAAAGGUUCGGUUCCAUGUGGGUCUCCCCACACGCCGUUUUCAGCCCAUGCAGCCAAGUUUUGCUUUUGUCUCUCAAAGCAAAGCCGUACUGUUCAGAUCUGCCACAAACAGCACUGGAUGUAUUUUCUGCACUGUGAAUGUGUUCUGGUACAACCUGAAUCUCCCCCAGGUGAAGCACGGAGUGUUUGUUAGUUAGAAAGCGGCAGUAAAAUUACGUAGCUAUUAGUUGCAUUAACGUCACAGCUAGACAAUCGUAGCUUUUAUACCAAAAAACAGAACUCCAUGCUAAUGGCCUUCCAGUGGUGCAGGUGUAAUCCACGUGUGUUUGGUCCAAGUGUCAGCACCGUAGAAGGAACGGGCUGAGCCCAUCUGCUGGGAGGUGGAGUGGGCAUUGCUCCGUGUGCUGUGUCACUGCAGGGGGCCAUGGGGCUUCUCCUGCUAAGUGCACCUCCUUUGUAUUGUUGGGCUUGAGCACUUUGCUUCCUAAACACACACACCCCUUCCUAUAACUGGAGAAACCUAUUUUUGAAGUACGUAAGAGUAUUUUUUUAGCUAGAUUUUUUUUGUUAAAGCCACACUAACUACUGUAUUUUUACCUUUUUAUAUGUAAAGCUCGGCGGUAGCUCUCCAUGUAUAAUUUAUUUGGAUUUUUUUAUAAAACAAAGUGCACCCUCUUGCUUCUGUUUCACAGUAGUGAUGUAUGAACGGCUUUGGGCACUGCACUGCGAUCCUUACAGAAACUGUACACGGGAACGAGAAGUGUGAUUUGUUGUCCACAACCCGAUCUCGAAAUGUUUAUGCUGUAGUUGUGUCUGAAAUACACCACGUCCGUGCAAA